AUGGAGUUGCCGAGCUAUUGCGUCAGCUCGGGAGUUUAUCCAGUGCGCACCCAAAAGGUAGUGGCUACGAAAUUAGCGCCUUUGCCGGAACCCACAAGUGAAGAGACCGAAGCAAUCAAGGCCGAGAGACAAAAAGGCCAAGAAGAUGAAUUGAUUUGCAACGGUCAUAUCUUGAAUGCGCUGUCGGAUCGCUCAUAUGAUUUGUAUACAAAUACAACUUCGACGAAGGAAGUCAACAACGCUUUGGAAAGUAAGUAUAAGGCGGAAGAGGAAGAUACAAAGAAGUUUUUAAUUUCUAAGUAUUUUGAUUUUAAAUUCUUAGAAAAUAUCCCCCUACUUCCCCAAGUGCAUGAGUUGCAAGUGAUUAUCAAUAAAUUGAAAGCGGUGAAGAUUGAAAUCUCGGAGACUUUUCAAGUGGGGGUUGUAAUUGCUAAACUUCCGAGGACUUGGAAAGGAUAUCGGAAGAAAAUUAUGCAUAGUUCCGAAGAUUAUUCUUUGGAACAAUUGCAAAAACAUCUUCGGAUUGAGGAAGAAUCCCGAUUGCAUGACAAGAGUGAAAACUCUUUGGAGGGAACUUCCAAGGCUAAUGCUAUUGAGAAAUCUGAUCCGCCUACAAAAUCCAACAAGAGAAAGCCUUCAAGGAACUUUAACAAGUCCAAGAAGAAGACCAAAGGAGGAUGUUAUAUUUAUGGAAAAUCUGGACACUACGUAAAAUAUUGUAGACACCGAAAACACAACACUUUCGAAGGUAAAGUGAAUUUCAUCAAAGAAGAAAAGAUUGUGCCACCGUAA